GUUAUCCACAUUCAGCCUGUGAGUGGGCUAUGCUAACGCUCAGAUCGAGUUGAGGGCAUGUCUGGCCUGGAGUUCUGCAGUUCUGCAGUCCUCGACUGAUUGACUUACUGAGAGCUAUCUAGAAUAGCUACGGUCCGGAGCUUUGUUGCGGACUGAACUCCCUUCUUUUUUAGUUGAUUAUCGAAUUUCUCCCUUUUGCGGAUAGUUUCUGUAAGCUGUGAACGCAGUCCAGUUCACUGUCGGAGACUCUGCUGCGUUGCGAAUGCAGGGGCACUCGCAACAGAAUCGAGUCGACGGUUGUUUGUAUUGACGACCACUCUCAGUUGGAGCUUGGAGCUUGGAAGGGAGGGGCGGGGCGUACCUUGACCUGCCCUGACGUCAGGCCAUGGAUUUGAAGUGGAGCUUCGUUGGAACCUGUCGGAAUCCUCUCCUGUGUUCAGCAGCGUCGGAUUCUCGAGGUUUACGGAGGCGUAGCUCUGCUUCUGGAGCAAUCCUCGUCUCUCGCUCUUCAAUCGGCAAUGCGCAGGAUGUCGAGGCGAAUUCCAGCAGAUUUGCUUCACGUCGCCAGGUUAUAUUUUUAGUGGCUGGCGCGGGGUUGUCCAUGGCCCCUCUGCAUUCUGCGCUAGCUGGAACAGAGAAGGUCACUCUGUAUUCAAAUAUAGACGAUGCACGGAAAGCAGGAGAAAAGCUACGUGAAGAGAAGGAAGCUGCUGAGGGUCCUGUUAUAGUAUCUUCAACUGGUAUCAAAUAUAGGGAACUAGAGCGAGGUACUGGAAGACCUGUUGCAACGGGCGACGCGGUGUCCAUCUAUUACACAAUAUCGAGAUUAAAUGGAUACUAUUUGGAUUCUAUGGGCUAUGGGAAGGAAGGGAAGAAUGAUGUUGGAGAAGCACUGAAGUUUGAAUAUGGCAAAGGACUGGUUCCCGAAGCAAUAGAAGGAGGAAUGGAAGGGAUGCGAGAGGGUGCAAAGAGACGAAUCCUAGUGACUCCAGAGCGUGGUUGGGUCAGGCCUGAUCUUUUGCCAAGACCCACAUCAUUCUUUGCAGAAAGACGCCUUUCAGAGAGGAUUGCAUCUCAAGCCCUUCUGAUUGAGAUUGAGCUGGUCAAAGUGAAGCCAAGCAAUUUGUAAUAAGACCUUUGUAAAUGUGUACAUUCGUGUAACUAGUCUAGCUCCUCCUUGAAGAUGAGGAAGACCAUGUGGUGAAUAGAAGGCGGAGCAAGAGAACCCUUUUCCUCUGGUCACAGUUACGCAACGAUGAAACCAAUUCGAUCUAUAACCGGGCAGAUUCAAUACAGUCAGGCUGUCAUCCGAUGCCACUCGAGCGUCACCGUUUCGAAAGAAUCUCUCUAACCCUGGCAGAGCUGGUUCUUGAAUACCGCCGAUGGUGAACACCUUGAGGUGUUCAAGUGGGGAAGACAUGCAUUAUGGAUCGAGUUUAGCUGCCUUAUAACUGCCUUUGGUUGUCGACGAGCAGAGAAAUCGGAACAAACUUGGUAUAGUCUGUUGUAGUGGCGAUACAAACUGUCCCACCAGAUUCUUAUACUCCUGAAAC